AUGGAGAAGCUGUUGGCGGACCUGAACACGAUACAAAGCUGCAUAUGGACUGUUAGUGCCACAAAGACGGACUUCGAGGCGAUUAGAAGAAAAUUGCAGCAGUUGAACUGCGAACUGCAAGUGCAUGAAACGCUUGCAGACACUACGAGAUGGCUGCACGAAACGGACCGCUUGAACGCUCGUUACAGAACUAGAGUUGAAAAAAUGGUUACAAUGGUGCAUGGCGAUGAGAAAAACCCUGGUGUCAGAUUUGAGAUGUUGCGGUCUCUUGAGAUGAAGGCUUUCAUGUUUGUAAGCGCUUCCUACACAGUUUUGGACAUCCGAAAAAUGAGCCAGGACGUGUUUGCUUGCCUAAUGGAAAUGGCUCCGAAAUAUAUAGACACGAUCACGCUACCUACCGGCUGGAUGCAUCGUACAGAAUUGCGGGCUGCAGUGGCAGGUUAUGCCAAAUCGGGAACUGCCUUCAAAAGAAGUAUACAAUACCACCCUAAUAAGUAUCAAGUCGACUCACAUCUGUUCUAG